UGUUUUCGAACAAGAAAGGUUUAACUCCAACACUCGCAUUAACGUUGUUGGUUCCUUCGAUACAAACGAAGAAAAUUUCUUUGUCCUUUCUCGUUCCUCUUCAUAUUUGUCUCCGCCGUUUUAAUCGCUCAUUCCUCCAAUCCUUCAAUUUCACCUUCUUCUUAUCAACCUCUCUCACAUACACACUUUUCUCAUUCUCUUCCACAAUCUUCAUCUCUCUCUGCAACAAUGUCUCAGGUUGCGGUCACUCGAUCUAUUCAAACCUCCCUCUUACGCCCCACCUCAGGAUCUACACAAGACAGGUCUCAAACCUUGUUGAAGCCGGGAACUUUUUCAUCCAUAGUCUUCCCACCACAGGGUAACAAAUCCCCCAAGCUUAGUAUCAGAAACUGUCACAUCAAUGCGAUAAAAGCCGCAUCAGCUGAAGUUGUCCCUGUCUCACCUGAUGAUGAUUUAAAGAUUGAGGAGGAGUUGCAGAAGUUGCAUGGUCUGCAGCAACCUGGUGAUGCUUCUGGUAGAAUGUGGUCUAAGCCGAUAGUUAGAAGAAAGACUAAGAUUGUCUGUACUAUUGGUCCUUCUACUAAUACGAAGGAGAUGAUUUGGAAGCUGGCGGAGGCUGGGAUGAAUGUUGCUCGUAUGAAUAUGUCGCAUGGAGAUCAUGCUUCUCAUAAGAAAGUUAUUGAUUUGGUUAAAGAAUAUAAUGCACAAUCCAAAGACAAUGUAAUUGCAAUCAUGCUUGACACCAAGGGUCCUGAGGUCAGGAGUGGGGAUUUACCACAACCAAUUAUUUUAAAACCUGGACAGGAGUUUACUUUUACUAUCCAGAGUGGUGUUGGAACUGCAGAUUGUGUUAGUGUGAACUACGAUGAUUUUGUCAAUGAUGUUGAAGCGGGGGACAUGCUUCUUGUUGAUGGUGGUAUGAUGUCGUUCUUGGUUAAGUCAAAGACAGCGGAUUCUGUGAAAUGUGAAGUUAUUGAUGGAGGAGAACUCGGGUCAAGGAGACAUUUGAAUGUUAGAGGAAAGAGUGCAACACUACCUUCCAUUACUGAGAAGGAUUGGGAUGACAUCAAAUUUGGAGUCGAUAACGAAGUUGAUUUCUAUGCCGUUUCUUUUGUUAAGGAUGCACAAGUAGUUCAUGAACUCAAGAAUUAUUUGAAAAGUUGUGGUGCUGAUAUACAUGUAAUUGUAAAAAUUGAAAGUGCAGACUCGAUACCAAAUUUGCAUUCAAUUAUUACCGCGUCUGAUGGGGCUAUGGUUGCAAGAGGAGAUCUUGGUGCAGAACUCCCGAUUGAGGAGGUUCCGCUUUUGCAGGAAGAGAUAAUUAGGAUAUGCCGUAGCAUGGGAAAGGCUGUUAUUGUGGCAACAAAUAUGCUCGAAAGCAUGAUUGUUCACCCGACACCAACCAGAGCAGAGGUAUCUGAUAUUGCAAUUGCUGUUCGAGAAGGUUCCGAUGGAAUCAUGCUUUCUGGAGAAACUGCUCACGGAAAGUUUCCAAUAAAAGCUGCGAAAGUAAUGCACACGGUAGCAUUGCGGACAGAAGCCUCUUUAUCAAGUGGUCAAAUCCCACCUAAUAUUGGUCAAGUAUUCAAGAACCACAUGAGCGAGAUGUUUGCAUACCAUGCAACCAUGAUAUCUAAUACUCUUGGAACAUCGACGGUUGUCUUCACUAGAUCGGGUUUCAUGGCUAUUCUGUUGAGCCAUUAUCGACCUUCUGGCACCAUAUUUGCUUUUACUGAUGAGAAAAGAGUACAACAAAGGCUGGCUUUGUAUCAAGGAGUCUGUCCUAUUUACAUGCAAUUCUCUGAGGAUUCUGAAGAGACAUUCACAAAAGCCUUGGAUUUGUUGCAGAAGAAUGGAAUGGUUAAAGAAGGAGAAGAAGUAGCGCUUGUACAAAGUGGAAGGCAACCCAUUUGGAGGUUCCACUCCACUCACAAUAUCCAGGUCCGAACCGUAGCCAACACAAAUUAAGCCAAACUCGAAUUAAGUUUCAGCCUCCAAUGCCCACGAAUACUUUUAUAAGUUCACAUUCUCUUUUUGGCGUGAUAGUGAUACCAAUAUAUUUUUUUGCUUCAUAGGUUUCAUCUUUUCUUCAUUUAUUGCUUUGUUUUAUUUUAUUUUUCUUCUGUAAACUCUUUUAUGGCUCAAUAUUUAGAAUGUUGUCAGAUGUUAGCUCAUUUCA